UCGCUUGUCUUGGCUCGGGCAGUCUGCAACAGCGCUGGGGCAAGCUGAGGCUUCGGUGCGAGGUUGGAGGCUGCAGCCAAGGAGGGAGGGUCUGUGUUCGGGGAAACUGAGGCCGAGAAGCGCUGCCAUGGCGGGUGUGCUGAGCAGGGACGCUCCGGACAUCGAGAAUAUCCUGGCUUUAAAUCCUCGAAUACAAACUCAUGCAACUCUGCGUUCCACCAUGGCCAAGAAACUAGACAAGAAACAUUGGAAAAGAAACUCUGAUAAGACCUGCUUUACCUGCGAGAAGCUGGAGAAUAAUUUUGAUGACAUCAAGCACACUACUCUUGGUGAGCGAGGCGCUCUCCGAGAAGCAAUGAGAUGCUUGAAGUGUGCAGACGCCCCCUGCCAGAAGAGCUGUCCCACAAACCUUGAUGUUAAGUCAUUCGUCACAAGCAUUGCCAACAAGAAUUAUCAUGGUGCCGCUAAGCUGAUUUUUUCUGAUAAUCCUCUUGGUCUUACUUGUGGAAUGGUUUGUCCAACAUCUGAUCUCUGUGUGGGAGGAUGCAACUUGUAUGCUACUGAAGAGGGACUUAAUAUUGGUGGGCUGCAGCAGUUUGCUACUGAGGUGUUCAAAGCAAUGAACAUCCCACAGAUCAGAAGCCCUUCACUGCCUCCCCCAGAACAGAUGCCGGAAGCUUACUCGGCAAAAAUUGCGCUUUUUGGUGCCGGGCCUGCGAGUAUAAGCUGCGCUUCCUUUUUGGCUCGUUUAGGCUAUUCCAACAUCACCAUAUUUGAAAAACAAGAAUAUGUUGGGGGUUUAAGCACUUCUGAAAUCCCUCAGUUUCGGCUGCCGUACGAUGUCGUGAAUUUUGAGAUUGAGCUUAUGAAAGACCUUGGUGUAAAGAUAAUUUGUGGUAAAAGCCUUUCUACAGAUGAAAUGACUCUUAAUACUUUAAAAGAAAAUGGCUACAAAGCUGCUUUCAUUGGAAUAGGCUUGCCAGAACCCCAAAAAGACCACAUUUUCCAAGGCCUGACACAAGACCACGGAUUUUACACAUCUAAAGAUUUUCUGCCACUUGUCGCCAAAGGCAGUAAAACAGGAAUGUGCGCCUGUCACUCUCCAUUGCCAUCCAUACGGGGAGCCGUGAUUGUACUCGGAGCUGGAGAUACUGCCUUUGACUGUGCGACAUCCGCUCUGCGCUGUGGAGCCCGUCGUGUGUUCAUCGUCUUCAGAAAAGGCUUUGUUAAUAUUCGAGCUGUUCCAGAGGAGAUGGAGCUGGCUAAGGAAGAAAAAUGUGAGUUUUUGCCUUUCCUUUCUCCACGGAAGGUUAUAGUCAAAGAUGGAAAAAUUGUGGCAAUGCAAUUUGUUCGGACUGAGCAAGAUGAAACCGGAAAGUGGAUUGAAGAUGAAGAGCAGAUAGUCCGCCUGAAGGCUGAUGUGGUUGUUAGUGCCUUUGGUUCUGUCCUGAGUGAUCCCAAAGUGAAAGAAGCCUUGAAUCCCAUCAGGUUUAACAGAUGGGGUCUCCCAGAAGUGAAUCCAGAAACCAUGCAAACCAGUGAGCCAUGGGUAUUUGCAGGUGGUGAUGUUGUGGGUGUGGCUAACACCACAGUGGAAUCUGUGAAUGAUGGAAAACAAGCUUCUUGGUACAUUCACAAGUACAUACAGGCACAAUAUGGAACGUUGGUGUCUGCCCAGCCAGAACUACCCCUGUUUUAUACUCCUAUUGACCUAGUGGACAUCAGUGUCGAAAUGGCAGGAUUAAGGUUUCCCAAUCCUUUCGGCCUUGCUAGUGCGACACCAGCCACAAGCACACCAAUGAUUCGAAGAGCCUUUGAAGCUGGAUGGGGUUUUGCUCUGACCAAAACUUUCUCUCUUGAUAAGGAUAUUGUGACAAACGUCUCACCCAGAAUCAUCCGGGGGACCACCUCUGGCCCUAUGUAUGGCCCAGGACAAAGCUCCUUCCUCAACAUUGAGCUCAUCAGUGAGAAAACAGCUGCAUAUUGGUGUCACAGUGUCACAGAACUAAAGGCUGACUUCCCGGACAAUAUCCUGAUCGCCAGCAUCAUGUGCAGUUACAACAAAAGCGACUGGAUGGAACUCUCCAAAAUGGCUGAGGCUUCAGGAGCAGAUGCCCUGGAGUUAAAUUUAUCGUGUCCACACGGCAUGGGGGAGAGAGGGAUGGGCCUGGCUUGUGGGCAGGAUCCAGAGCUGGUGAGGAACAUCUGUCGCUGGGUUAGGCAAGCUGUUCGGGUUCCGUUUUUUGCCAAGUUGACCCCAAAUGUCACGGAUAUCGUCAGCAUUGCAAAAGCAGCAAAAGAAGGUGGUGCAGAUGGCGUUACAGCCACCAAUACUGUCUCAGGCCUCAUGGGAUUGAAAGCUGAUGGUACACCUUGGCCUGCUGUGGGCAUUGGAAAGAGGACCACAUAUGGAGGAGUAUCAGGAACUGCCAUCAGACCUAUUGCUUUGAGAGCUGUGACUGCCAUUGCCCGUGCUCUGCCUGGCUUUCCUGUUUUGGCCACAGGUGGGAUUGACUCAGCUGAAAGUGGACUUCAGUUUCUUCAUAGUGGUGCAUCAGUACUUCAGGUCUGCAGUGCUAUUCAGAAUCAGGACUUCACUGUGAUUGAAGACUACUGCACUGGCCUCAAAGCCCUGCUUUAUCUGAAGAGCAUUGAAGAGUUAGUCGACUGGGAUGGGCAGAGUCCAGCCAUUAGGAGUCAUCAGAAAGGGAAACCAGUUCCACGUAUUGCUGAGCUUAUGGGACAGAAACUGCCCAGUUUUGGACCUUACCUUGAACAACGCAAGAAAAUCAUAGCAGCGAGUAAAAUCAGACAGAAAGAUCAAAAUGGAGCUUGUUCACCACUCCAGAGAAAGCACUUCAUCCCCCAAAAGCCCAUUCCUGCAGUCAAGGAUGUAAUUGGAAAAGCACUGCAAUACCUGGGAACGUUUGCUGAGCUGAGCAGCACGGAGCACGUUGUGGCCCUGAUCAGUGAGGAAAUGUGCAUCAACUGCGGCAAAUGUUAUAUGACCUGUAAUGACUCCGGCUACCAGGCUAUCCAGUUUGAUCCGGAAACUCACCUGCCCACUGUUAACGACACGUGUACAGGCUGCACUCUCUGCCUCAGCGUCUGUCCUAUUAUGGACUGUAUCAGGAUGGUUUCCAGGGCAACACCUUAUGAACCAAAGAGAGGCCUGCCAUUAACCGUGAAGCCAGUGUGUUAGGGUGAUUGGGAAGACAGUUGCUAUGAUCUUUGAUGUUAGCAACACAGGCUGAUCUUUAAAAACAGUAGUAUUGUAAUCACUGUGG